AUGGACUGGCUUUCGCCAUUGACGCUGGCAGAAAUCAUUGCAAUCUGCAAAGAGUAUCAGAUCUACGUGUCAGAUGCGGCUCGAAGGAAGCGUGAGAAGAUGGUGUCUUUGAUACAAACCUUUCAUGAGGAUGCUCGAGUUAUCUUUGAGCAACGUCGUGAUUGCAAAAAGAAUGCAGCUUUGCCAAAUAAGAGAAAAUCAGACUUGCCAGUUCAAGGACCAAGGAAGAAAAUGAAGAACUCUGGACCAAGUGCCGGCAUCAACGGUGAUGAUACCAUGGACAAGUCAGAUGAAAUAACACUCCCCUCCAUAGUCAACAAUAAUCACAUCACUACCUCUCCUGAGUUCCUCCAUAUACCAUCCCAGAAUGAGCUUCGAGAUUGCCAAGCAGAGUUCCUACAAGCUAUCUCACCUUCGGCAGUUCGAGAGGCUGUUUGCGCUGUAUGUGCACUACUCUGCUGGGAACACGAGUGCAGUGUGGUCAAUGUCAGGAAUAUUCCAAAUGCGGGCCGUUUACAACCAGCAGAUCAGGACAGACAUCCAGCUCAGGUCCUUAUUGCUGGCAUGCUACUAGAGGAGAAGGGAGUCAUCGAGGUCAAAGGGAAAUGUAGUGCGACAUUGUGUGGAGCCUGUCUUCAAGAUCUUCAUCGCGAUAAAAUACCGCGGUAUUCCCUAUCAAACAAAAUGUGGAUAGGCAAUAUACCUCAUCAGCUCUCUUGCCUCACAAUUCCUGAACAGCUCUUACUUUCGCCCAUUUAUCCCCACUGUUUCAUUUUCAAAAUGUACCCCAAAGGUGGAGCCCAGGAUGAUCCCACAUGCUUACAGUCAGGCUUGCAUGGAAAUGUGACAAGUUACCCUAUGAACACCGACGAAAUUUUCAGUAUGCUCCAAGGACACAUGUUGCCACGGCCGAUGGAGAUACUUCCCUCGAUUAUAUCAGGAACGUAUGUUGGAGUCAGCAAUCUCCCAAAGCAUUGGCUUAAAUCAACAUUUCGCAUUUGGAGAAGGGUAGUGUUGGAGGCGCUUGAAUGGUUGAUUGAGCAUAAUAAAUGCUUCUCUGAGUAUACAGUAGACCAAGCAGUAAUGGCGUCUUUACCCAAAGACGAUGUGCCUCUUGAGAUAUUGGCUAGCAUGCGUCAAGAGACAAGUUCCCAUAUUCUGCUUCGGGAGCAUGACUCCAUGUGCCUGGUGAUUGUGAGUUUACAGCACGAAUCAUAUAUGCUUGAAUCUCACCUUCUUGUUUGGUAUAGUCAGUGA